UAGUCGUAUAGAUCUCUGGAUUCAAAGACUCAACUCAAAAGUCAACCCCUACGUUUCAUCUUCCAUUUAUCGUCAUUCUGAGAUCAAAACUCCAGUAAAGGGACAAUCCUCAUUCUUCAGUUCACCAAAUAGCAAUGGCUGAAAUCGUUGUUAGCGCUGUCAUCACUGUACUGUGUGAGAAGCUCAUCUCCGGUGACUUCAUGAAACUAGCUCGAUCCGAAGGAAUCGCUUCUCAUCUGAACAAAUGGAACAACACCUUGCCACUGAUCCAAGCUGUGCUUGCGGAUGCAGGCCAAAAGCAGAUAACAGCGAGAGCUGUUCGAUUGUGGCUGAACCGUCUCCAGGGUUUGGCUUACGACAUAGACGAUGUACUCGAUGAUUUGGCCACCGAAGCCAUGCGACGCCAGUUGAAUCAUGAAUCUCUUGCUAGCACGAGAAGAACGAGUAAGGUAUUAAAGAUCAUCCCAACUUGUUGUACUACUUUCACUCCUCGCAACCUUAUGUAUGGUCAACGGAUGAGCUCUAAGCUAGAUGAAAUUACCAUCAAACUGCAUGAUCUUGCUGAGGUGAAAACUGGUCUGGGCUUAAAUGUGAAUGUUGAGAGGUCAAAUAGAACGCAGAGACGGUUGGAGCAAACUUCAGUGGUUGAUGAGCACAUAAUAAUGGGUCGGGAAGGGGAUUCCGAGGCAUUGCUUGAGAAGUUGUUAGGAUAUGAAGCAUUAGAUCGGACUGUCAGCAUAGUGUCUAUUAUUGGUAUGGGUGGAAUAGGCAAAACUACUCUUGCCAAAUUUUUGUACAACAAAGACAGUGUGAUGGAUCACUUUGAACUCAGGGCAUGGGUUUGUGUUUCUGAACAGCUCGACGUAUUUAAUAUUAGCAAGGCUAUAUUUCAAGCAAUAACCCGGAAAAACAGAGAUUUUGCUAAUCUAGAUAUGCUUCAUGUGGCCCUUAAAGAAAGACUAAGUGGCAGAAGGUUCCUACUUGUUCUAGACGAUGUCUGGAACGAAGAUCAAAUUAAGUGGGACCUCCUGAAAAGCCCUCUUGUGGUAGGGCAAUCUGGCAGUAUAAUUUUGGUGACAACCCGGAAUAUGAGGGUUGCAUCGGUGAUGGACUCUGAUGAAGCUUACCAUUUAAAGCUUUUGUCAAAUGAAGAUGCUCUAUCUUUAUUUGCUCAACAUGCACUUGGUGAGAGAAACUUUGACAACCAUCCAACACUUGUAUUGCAUGGUGAAGGUAUUGUGAAGAAAUGUGGUGGAUUACCUCUGGCUUUGAAAACGCUUGGUAGGCUCUUGAAGGGAAAUAAAAACGGAGAUGAAUGGGAGAAGCUGUUGAACAGUGAGAUUCUUCCCAAGGAUCUAAGACUAAGCUACUAUAAUCUCCCUCCACAUUUGAAGCUGUUGUUUACAUACUGCGCCUUAUUUCCCAAGGGCUAUGUGUUUGACAAGAAAGAAUUAAUCCUACUGUGGAUGGGAGAAGGAUUUUUGUCCCAACUAAAUGACCACACGCCAAUGGAGAGUUUGGGUAAUCAGUAUUUUGAAGAGCUAAAGUCGAGGUCCUUUUUUCAACAUUCAACAAGUGAUGAAUUAAGAUAUACAAUGCACGGCCUGACAAAUGAUUUGGCUACAAGUGUUGCAGGAGAGUGUUUCUUUAGAUUGGAUGAUGAGAUGGAGGUAUCCAUCAGGAAUGGAACUUGUGUGAAGUCACGUCACUUUUCACUUAUAGGUCCAAGAUGUGGAUCAUAUAGAAAGCUAAAGGAAUUACACAGAGCUAGACACAUGCGCACUUUCUUACUGCUGUUAGAUGGGUUGGAAUGUCAGGGAUUAUUGGACAAGGUUCUUGCUGAUAUACUUCCUGGACUACAAUAUCUAAGGGUGCUAAGCCUGCGUACACCGAAAAUCACAGAGGUACCACAAUCCAUUGGUCGUCUCAUGCAUCUCCGGUAUCUCAAUUUUUCCUUUACUGCAAUAACAUGUUUACCGGAACAAGUGAGUGACCUUUAUAAUCUACAAAGCUUGUUGCUUCACGGUUGUUAUCGGUUAUCUGGCUUGCCAAAAAGUUUUGUAAAGUUGAUAAACCUGCGUCACCUUGACAUUACUGAUACUCCAAAGGUGAACAAGAUGCCCUUAGGGAUUGGUGGAUUAACGAGUCUACAAACUCUAACCAAGGUCAUUGUUGAUGGAGCAGACGGGUUCAAACUAUCUGAGCUUCAGGAAUUAUCAGAUCUUCAAGGUCAACUUUACAUUAAGGGGCUCGACAAAGUGAAAAACCCAAUACAAGCACAGGAUGCCAACAUAUAUCAAAAGAAGGGUCUUGAUGUGUUGGAGAUGGAAUGGAGUGAUGUGUUUGAUGAUUCACGGAAUGAGUUGGUUGAAUACGAAAUACUUGAAAGACUAAGGCCUCACCAUAAGUUGAGAACCCUGAAGAUUUUGUAUUACAAGGGAACAAGAUUUCCUAGUUGGGUGGGCGAUCCCUCAUUUGAUCGCUUAACAGAGCUCACAUUAUGUGGUUGUACAAGUACACAUUUACCCACACUCGGACGUCUAAAGUCACUUGGGAAAUUGAUUGUUACAAGGAUGAAGGAGGUGAUGAUUUUGGAAUUUGAGUUAUUUGCACCCACAAGUUCUUUUGGUGACAUUGCGUUUCCCUCACUUGAGUUUUUGGAAUUUGAUGACAUGCAAGGUUGGCAAAGAUGGUCAACUAGUGGCAACAACGACGAUGAACCUGCUAGAUCGUUUCCUCGUCUCCGUGAGAUUUCUAUAAAGCGUUGUCCGAAACUAGUUGAAGUGGCAAUUGGAUCGAUACCAUCACUUCGUGCUUUACAUAUAGAAGAAUGUUCCGCAGAAAUAUUAAGAAGCAUGAUUGGUUUGUCUUCAUCACUUUUUGCAUUGCGGAUGUCGAAUGUUAAAGGACUUACUGAACUACAUGGACAAUAUCUAAGACAUCUGGUGGCAGUUCAACAUCUACAUUUUGAUAAUUGUCAUGAAUUGAGAUACUUAUGGCUAGACGAAUCGGAGUCAUGCAGCCUUGCGAGUUUACAGAAGCUGGAGGUACAUAAUUGUGUCAUACUCAAGAGUAUUAUAUGUCCAAAUGGUGUUGAGAGGUUAGUGAUAAGUAAUUGUGAUUCAAUGGAAUCCUUGACCUUCUCAAUAAUUAGUGACAACCUCAUGGGUUUACUUCCCCUGAUUUGUCUAAGAUCUCUUCACAUCCAUAAUUGCAAUAAUCUGAACUCGUUUCUUCAUGAGCGUUUGGAAAGUUUUACAUGUUUGGAAGAACUGAGGAUAUCUGAUUGCCCAAGUCUGGAUUACACCUUUCCUUGUGGCUUCUGGCCUCCAAAUUUAAGAAGCCUAACGAUCGGAUGCUUAAAUAAGCCCAUGUCAGAGUGGGGCCUGCAAAAUUUUCCAACCUCUCUAGUUGAACUCAUCUUACGUGGCAAAAAUUCAGGAGUGGUGUCAUUUGCAGUGGCAGAAGAUGUCAGGAAUGACAGUACUUCAUCGUCUUUUCUUCUUCCAUCAUCACUAGCUUCUCUAGAACUUGAUGGUUUUACGGAUGUGGAAUCACUUUCACUUUCGGAGGCCUUACAACGCCUCCCUUGCCUUGAACGCCUUCAUAUUCAGUCAUGCCCAAAGCUUAGAGACCUGUUUGAGCCAACUUACAACCACCUAUCAUCUUUCACAGUAACGGUGUGCGACUAGAACAGAUAUCAAGACCAUAACAAGCAUGUUGAUCAUGUGCAACAAACUCCAAAGAUGACAGCUGUGGGUAUCAGGUAUGGUUCGUGAUUAUGGUAGUAUCAUAAGGAUUCUGUAAGUCUACAGAUUCUAAAUUUGUACGAAUAUUUUGCCAACUUUUUUCUUCUCAUUAGUAAUUAAUGGAAGUUUCUGAAA